UUGGCGGAUGGGCGAGGCCACCUGCAAGUAUACGUCAUUCAGUUCUACCUGCUGAAACCCAUCGAACUGAUUUAACUGCAGUGUACGAAAGACCGCUUUUGAACAAGGAAGCUAUUCCGGUAGAAGCGGAGCGGCAAAGGAAUACUUUCAUUCUCCUAAAACCUUUCUACUAUUGUGUUACACCAAGGAAUAUAUCAGAUGAGGACCUUUAAGUUCACGCUUUUAGGCGUCUUAUUUUGUCUCCAGGCUUUUGCACCUGGGUCAUCAGAGGAGUCGGCAUGUCAGCCGGGUUUCGAAGCAGACAUGUUGAUUUUCAAAGUGGAGCGAAGGCUUCUCCAACAGGGCAGAGUCCUGGGCAAAGUGGGGUUUGAUGACUGCACAGAACGGAAGCGCUUCUGGUUUAACACGGAGGACAAGCGCUUCAGGGUGGAGUCGGAUGGCACUGUGAAGGUGAAGCGGGAGGUGGCUCUUCACAGCGGGCACAAGGAUUUCUCCAUCCACGUCUGGGACUCCCUGGGCAGGAAGAUGACCGUCACUGCUAGGGUCGUGCUGCAGGCCAGGGAGCACCAUGGUCACCAGGACCACCAUGGACAAGGUCACCAGGACCGUCAUGGUCACAAAGACCACAGUGGGCCCAACAACCAGGACCACCAUGGUCACAAGAACCAUAACAUCUAUCAUCACAAGAACCACAACGACAGCCACCCUAUUCAUCUGAAUCAGAGCCCUGAGGAGGUGCAGCCCAUUGAGUUGGCCUCUGCAACUCCUAAACAGGCUCCAGAGAGUUCCAGAGAGCUCCUGCCUGUGCUGUUCUUCCCUAAGGCCUGGCCAGGGCUGAAGAGGCAGAAGAGGGCCUGGGUCAUCCCUCCCAUCAGCUUCCCUGAGAACGACAGAGGACCCUUUCCUAAGCCGAUGGUGCAGAUCCGGUCAGACAGCGAUAAGGAAGCCAAGGUUGAGUACCAAAUUAAAGGCCCAGGAGCAGAUCUGCCCCCUGAGAAACUGUUCACCAUCGAUAAGAAUACUGGACAGCUGUACGUGACCAAGCCCCUGGACAGAGAGAAUCAGGACAAAUACAUGCUUAAAGCUAUUGCCAAAACUGGAAAUGCUCCAGCUGAGGCCCCCAUGGACAUCAUCAUCUAUGUCAUAGACCAGAAUGACAACAAACCUGUCUUCCCUCCGGAACCCUUCCUAGGAAAUGUCCCUGAAGCUUCCAGUACAGGCUUUGAGUUCAUGCAGAUGGAGGCCACAGAUGCGGAUGAGCCUGGCAAUGCCAACUCAGACAUCCGCUACAAAAUCCUGAGCCAGGACCCCCCUCUACCCAACGCCAACAUGUUUGACAUCAACCCUGUGUCUGGGCACAUCAGAGUCCAGUCUCAAGGCCUGGACAGAGAGAAAUACCCCAAGUACACACUGGAGGUCCAGGCUGCUGACAUGGCGGGUGAAGGGCUGAUAGGCCGGGGAAAAGCCAUCAUCACUGUCACCGAUAGCAACGACAACGCACCUCAGUUUGAGCAAACUUCUUACACCGCUGAGGUACCAGAGAACGUGAUGGGAGCCGAGGUGGUGAAGAUGCAGGUAACCGACCUGGACGACCCCCACUCUGAGGCCUGGACUGCUGUGUUCCGGAUUGUGGACGGAGACCCCGAAAACCGCUUUAAUGUCACAACCGGACCCAGCAAGCAGGAGGGGAUCAUUACCACAGUCAAGGAGCUGGACUUUGAGAGGGUCAGCCGGUAUACUCUGUUAGUUACCGUGGUGAACGCGGUGCCCUUCGCCUCUCCCAUGCCCACGGCUACGGCCACGGUGGUGGUGACAGUGAAGGAUGUGAAUGAGGCUCCUGUCUUCAGACCAGUGGAGAAGCUGGUGGUGAAGAAGGAGGACCUGGCUGAAGGCAGUGAGCUGACCGUCUACACCGCCACCGACCCAGACACGGCACGCAAGCAGACCAUCACGUAUAAGAUCCAGAAGGACCUUGCCGGCUGGCUGAGCAUAAAUAAGGACAACGGUCAGAUCCUGGUGAAGAACAAACUGGACCGGGAGUCUCAUUUCGUGGUUGAUGGCAAAUACACGGCACUCAUUGCGGCCGUUGACAACGAUGAUAUCCCGGCCACAGGAACAGGCACAUUGCUGAUCCAGCUGGAGGAUGUGAAUGACAACGCCCCCAUCAUCAUGGAGCGCUCCAUCAGGAUCUGCAACAAAGAUUCUGUGUCCCAUGUGCUGUCUGUCACUGACAAGGACGGCCCGACGUUUGCUGCCCCCUACAAAGUCUUACUGCAGGGCCAAUCUAAAGAUAACUGGACUGCAAGCAUGAACGACACCCAGACGGGCAUCAUCCUGUCCCUGGCCACCUCUCUUGCACAGGGGGACUACACAGUGGUUCUGAGGGUGGCGGACAACCAGGGCCUGGAGCAGGACAGCACUCUUACGGCCACAGUGUGCGACUGCACCGGGGCUGAUGUCCAGUGUUCCCUCCUCAGAGAGGCCGGUGUGGGCCUUCCAGGCAUCCUGGGGAUCUUGGGAGCCAUCCUGCUGCUGCUGUUGCUGGUGCUGUUGUUGCUGAUGUUCAUGAGGAGAAGGAAAGGAGAGAAGAAGGAGCCUCUCCUGCAGGAGGAUGAUAUCAGAGACAACAUUUACUACUAUGACGAGGAGGGAGGCGGAGAGGACGAUCAGGACUAUGAUCUGAGCGUGCUCCACCGUGGCCUAGACAACCGUCCUGAAGUGUUCCGGAACGAUGUGGAGCCCACCUUCAUGCCCGCCCCCACGUACCGGCCCCGCCCUGCCAACCCUGAAGACAUCGGCAACUUCAUUGUAGAUAACUUGAAGGCAGCGGACAAUGACCCCACAGCUCCUCCCUACGACUCUCUUCUGGUGUUUGACUAUGAAGGUGGAGGCUCCGAGGCAGGGUCUCUCUCCUCCCUCAACUCCUCGUCUUCUGACGGAGACUAUGACUACGACCUCAUGCAGGAGUGGGGCCCGCGCUUCAAGAAGCUGGCCGACAUGUACGGGGGAGGGGAGGAGGAAAUGCUCUAUACCUGCUCUUCAGAAUUACUGUAUCUUAGAAUUGAGAGGCCUAGUAUCACGGCAUUACAUGAGAAAAUUGUCUCUUCUCUAUGCUAUCACGGAAUUGGGCUACGAGAAAAUGUGAACGUUUACGAAUCCGAGGUAGAUGCUGAUAAGAUGUGGAGAACACAGCGAGACAAGGUUGUGCAGACUGUCCGCACACUUCACACACCAGCGAUAAGUUACCAAACGUCCACUCUCCGACUCGGAAACAAUCACUUCAGUGUGGCCACAGGAGCAGAGAGGCAGAAGAGGGCCUGGAUCAUCCCUCCCAUCAGCUUCCCUGAGAACGACAGAGGACCCUUUCCUAAGCCGAUGGUGCAGAUCCGGUCAGACGACGAUAGGGAAGCCAAGGUUGAGUACCAAAUUAAAGGCCCAGGAGCAGAUCUGCCCCCUGAGAAACUGUUCACCAUCGAUAAGAAUACUGGACAGCUGUACGUGACCAAGCCCCUGGACAGAGAGAAUCAGGACAAAUACAUGCUUAAAGCUAUUGCCAAAACUGGAAAUGCUCCAGCUGAGGCCCCCAUGGACAUCAUCAUCUAUGUCAUAGACCAGAAUGACAACAAACCUGUCUUCCCUCCGGAACCCUUCCUAGGAAAUGUCCCUGAAGCUUCCAGUAGAGGCUUUGAGUUCAUGCAGAUGGAGGCCACAGAUGCGGAUGAGCCUGGCAAUGCCAACUCAGACAUCCGCUACAAAAUCCUGAGCCAGGACCCCCCUCUACCCAACGCCAACAUGUUUGCCAUCAACCCUGUGUCUGGGCACAUCAGAGUCCAGUCUCAAGGCCUGGACAGAGAGAAAUUUCCCAAGUACACACUGGAGGUCCAGGCUGCAGACGUGAAGGGUUAUGGGCUGAUAGGCCGGGGAAAAGCCAUCAUCACUGUCACCGAUAGAAACUUCUGCACAGGACAGAAGAAGCCCUGCAUCAUCUCUCCUUUCAACUUCCCUGAGAAUGACAGAGGACCCUUCCCCAAGAUGAUGUUGCAGAUCGGGUCAGACAGAGAUAAGGAAGCCAUACUACAGUACCAAAUUGAAGGCCCAGGAGCUGAUCAGCCCCCUGAGAAUCUGUUCGUCAUCGAUACGAUUACUGGAUGGAUGUAUGUGACCAAGCCCCUGGACAGAGAGAAGCAGGACAAGUACACGCUUAAAGCUAUUGCCAAAACUAGAAAUGCGCCAGCUGAGUGCCCCAUGGACAUCAUCAUCUAUGUCAUAGACCAGAAUGACAACAAACCUGUCUUCCCUCUGGAACCCUUCCUAGGAAAUGUCCCUGAAGCUUCCAGUACAGGCUUUGAGUUCAUGCAGAUGGAGGCCAAAGAUGCGGAUGAGCCUUGCAAUGAAAACUCAGACAUCCGCUACAAAAUCCUGAGCCAGGACCCCCCUCUACCCAACGCCAACAUGUUUGCCAUCAACCCUGUGUCUGGGCACAUCAGAGUCCAGUCUCAAGGCCUGGACAGAGAGAAAUUUCCCAAGUACACACUGGAGGUCCAGGCUGCUGACAUGGCGGGUGAAGGGCUGAUAGGCCGGGGAAAAGCCAUCAUCACUGUCACCGAUAGCAACGACAACGCACCUCAGUUUGAGCAAACUUCUUACACCGCUGAGGUACCAGAGAACAUGAUGGGAGCCGAGGUGGUGAAGAUGCAGGUAACCGACCUGGACGACCCCCACUCUGAGGCCUGGACUGCUGUGUUCCGGAUUGUGGACGGAGACCCCGAAAACCGCUUUAAUGUCACAACCGGACCCAGCAAGCAGGAGGGGAUCAUUACCACAGUCAAGGAGCUGGACUUUGAGAGGGUCAGCCGGUAUACUCUGUUAGUUACCGUGGUGAACGCGGUGCCCUUCGCCUCUCCCAUGCCCACGGCUACGGCCACGGUGGUGGUGACAGUGAAGGAUGUGAAUGAGGCUCCUGUCUUCAGACCAGUGGAGAAGCUGGUGGUGAAGAAGGAGGACCUGGCUAAAGGCAGUGAGCUGACCGUCUACACCGCCACCGACCCAGACACGGCACGCAAGCAGACCAUCACGUAUAAGAUCCAGAAGGACCUUGCCGGCUGGCUGAGCAUAAAUAAGGACAACGGUCAGAUCCUGGUGAAGAACGAACUGGACCGGGAGUCUCAUUUCGUGGUUGAUGGCAAAUACACGGCACUCAUUGCGGCCGUUGACAACGAUGAUAUCCCGGCCACAGGAACAGGCACAUUGCUGAUCCAGCUGGAGGAUGUGAAUGACAACGCCCCCAUCAUCAUGGAGCGCUCCAUCAGGAUCUGCAACAAAGAUUCUGUGUCCCAUGUGCUGUCUGUCACUGACAAGGACGGCCCGACGUUUGCUGCCCCCUACAAAGUCUUACUGCAGGGCCAAUCUAAAGAUAACUGGACUGCAAGCAUGAACGACACCCAGACGGGCAUCAUCCUGUCCCUGGCCACCUCUCUUGCACAGGGGGACUACACAGUGGUUCUGAGGGUGGCGGACAACCAGGGCAUGGAGCAGGACAGCACUCUUACGGCCACAGUGUGCGACUGCACCGGGGCUGAUGUCCAGUGUUCCCUCCUCAGAGAGGCCGGUGUGGGCCUCUCUGUGUCUGGGCACAUCAGAGUCCAGUCUCAAGGCCUGGACAGAGAGAAAUUUCCCAAGUACACACUGGAGGUCCAGGCUGCUGACAUGGCGGGUGAAGGGCUGAUAGGCCGGGGAAAAGCCAUCAUCACUGUCACCGAUAGCAACGACAACGCACCUCAGUUUGAGCAAACUUCUUACACCGCUGAGGUACCAGAGAACAUGAUGGGAGCCGAGGUGGUGAAGAUGCAGGUAACCGACCUGGACGACCCCCACUCUGAGGCCUGGACUGCUGUGUUCCGGAUUGUGGACGGAGACCCCGAAAACCGCUUUAAUGUCACAACCGGACCCAGCAAGCAGGAGGGGAUCAUUACCACAGUCAAGGAGCUGGACUUUGAGAGGGUCAGCCGGUAUACUCUGUUAGUUACCGUGGUGAACGCGGUGCCCUUCGCCUCUCCCAUGCCCACGGCUACGGCCACGGUGGUGGUGACAGUGAAGGAUGUGAAUGAGGCUCCUGUCUUCAGACCAGUGGAGAAGCUGGUGGUGAAGAAGGAGGACCUGGCUAAAGGCAGUGAGCUGACCGUCUACACCGCCACCGACCCAGACACGGCACGCAAGCAGACCAUCACGUAUAAGAUCCAGAAGGACCUUGCCGGCCGGCUGAGCAUAAAUAAGGACAACGGUCAGAUCCUGGUGAAGAACGAACUGGACCGGGAGUCUCAUUUCGUGGUUGAUGGCAAAUACACGGCACUCAUUGCGGCCGUUGACAACGAUGAUAUCCCGGCCACAGGAACAGGCACAUUGCUGAUCCAGCUGGAGGAUGUGAAUGACAACGCCCCCAUCAUCAUGGAGCGCUCCAUCAGGAUCUGCAACAAAGAUUCUGUGUCCCAUGUGCUGUCUGUCACUGACAAGGACGGCCCGACGUUUGCUGCCCCCUACAAAGUCUUACUGCUGGGCCAAUCUAAAGAUAACUGGACUGCAAGCAUGAACGACACCCAGACGGGCAUCAUCCUGUCCCUGGCCACCUCUCUUGCACAGGGGGACUACACAGUGGUUCUGAGGGUGGCGGACAACCAGGGCCUGGAGCAGGACAGCACUCUUACGGCCACAGUGUGCGACUGCACCGGGGCUGAUGUCCAGUGUUCCCUCCUCAGAGAGGCCGGUAAAUACCCCAGGUACACGCUGGAGGUGGAGGCUGCUGACAUGGAGGGUGAAGGGCUGACAGGCCGGGGAAAAGCCAUCAUCACCGUUCAAUAAAAAUAAUUUAAGCUU